CAAUCAUGUAUCUAACGUUCUUUUCAGUCAGGGAGACGUUUCAAAUCAUAGCAGCAAAAUGUCAUGGUGGGUACUACAGAAAUGCAACAAGUGGGAUAUGCAUCGAAUGCCCCCAGGAUACACAGGUCCAAAUUGUUCAGUACCCUGUGUAGAUGGAUUUUAUGGAAAAUAUUGUCAACGUAACUGUCCUUCUACCUGUUCAAACUGUAGCAUUAUCGAUGGAAGUUGUCCCAAAGACAUGACCAACACAACAGAUGCAGGCGACGUUAAUGGAAGCAAUCAUAUAAUCCAAAGACGGAACAGAUCAACAGUUUACAUUGUGACUACAUUCGGCUGUGCGACAGCGGUGGUUUUAUUACUUGUACUGAUGUUCUACACUUAUAAGUUGGCUACACAACCUCUGCCACAGAACUUCACUUUUACGGUACAUGAUCCUGAGAGUGACGCUGAGCGAAAUCCCGUAAAUUCCGCUAGUUGUUCGAUUUACGAAAAUGUUUAGUGACACUAUCGAAAUACUAUUAGAUUUUCGAAUGGUAUAUAUUUUGAUAAACAAUUAGCCAAGUCUUAUAUCAAACCAUGUACUAUAAGUUUAGUUAUAAUAGGACUCAAAUGAAAACAUAUAUGGUAUAAAUAAAGAAGUAACAUUAAUACAAGCCAUAGUUGGUUUAGGAUCCCCGGAAUAGAAUCAGUUGGAAUACAAAUGUUUUUUAAUAGGACGGCCAGGGAAUGUAAUUUUACUGAAGUUGCUUUAAUAAAGUAUAGAUUGUCGAAAUGUC